ACAAAAAAAAAAACAGAGAAAAGUAACCAUCCUUAUCAACAGUUGUUUUUUCUGUUAACUCAAGCAGCGACUUCAUUAACAUAAUUGUCCCCUCCCAACAAGCAAAGUUGCAGAGAGAAGCGCGGGAUCUGGUGGGAAUCAAUCAAAGUGUCUCCGAGUGAUGGCUUCAUCAAUUUACUACCAAUACCACCAAAGUGGGCUAAAAGCUACUGUACUCCUUGCUUGUUUCCUGCUCUGUCUCUCUCCCUUAACAGUGGGAGAAGGGACUGAAGUUUUGAAGAUCAGAAGAGAGAUGGUGGGUUCAAGGCCACCGAUAUGUGUCAACAGGUGCUUGAGUUGCAGGCCAUGCAUGGCCACUCUGGUGAUUCAUCCUCCAGCAGUAGGAGGUGGAGGAGCAGAAGAUGUUGGGGCUUCAAGCCAUGAGGGAAGUGAUAGCUACUACCUCCUCACUUGGAAGUGCAAAUGUGGCAACAAGCUUUUUCAACCUUGAUUAAAUAAAUCAAACUCUGUAAUUUUCCUCACGUACUAAGUUAAGUGACAUCUAUAGUACGUUCAUAUGAAUGUUCAUCAAUUCACUUGUACAGAAUCUAGCUAAAGAGCAUCGAAAAUGGACAGGUUCCAUCUGCUCUUUUC